AUGGAAAAGUUUAGGGAUUGGUCUCGAACUUUAGGUAUUUUAGUUGGACUUGCAGCAGUUAUUCUUGAAUUCAAAGAAAUUGGCUUUAAAGUUUUAAUUUUCUUAGCGCAUUUUGAUAACGAAGGUUAUGCAUUUCCAUUUUGGCAAGUGGAGAUCUAAAGGAUAUGGCUUCCUAAAAUAAAUUUGGCUUGCGCAGCACCAUAAAAAAUGAGAAGAGCACAAUAAUAUAUUUGACUAUUUGGACACUCAUAAUCAAUACAUCAUCUCUCCUCAUUUUGAAGCUCGAUUUAGGAAGUCAAAAUCUUCAACAAGCUCAGAAUUAUUAAAAUGGGAUUAUUUGAUAUGGCCUCUGAUAUUCCGAGAGUUGAUCAGGACACAGAGAAGAAUAGCCACAUUGCAGUAGUUCUCUGGAGUGGUUAUUUGUUUAAGUGCUGACCCUUGACUUUUUUCCUAGCUUGCAGACCUGGCUCAGGUGCAAUGUCCUUCAACACUCCAUAGGAGCAUUACCAAUCCUGUAAUACAGCUCAGACAGGCUAUGGGAGGAGGCAAAGUUGGUCUGUCCAUACUUUGAGGAAUAUCUGCGGUUGAGACUUUUGCUAUUUUAUAGGACCCAGAAGACGGAUAGGGCGAUUUCUCUGAAAGGCCUCCUACGUCAUCAUUUUUUGGGGGCGUCAGGAGCUAAAGAGCAGGUGUGAGAAAUAGCUUAUCACCAACACGAAUCUAACCGUGAACGGUGAGGAGCUGAAAUAAUCCCUGUAGACCCACUAUAAUUUUAAUCUAAUCUAAUUAACAAGCCCUUGUGAUUGUUUCAUGAAUCUUACUCUAAUAAGGAAGAUAAAAAGACUAGGGUGCUAAAAUAAAUAUUACUAUAUUUUAAAAAUAGAAAUUCAUAAAUAUGAGCCUAGAAGUUAGGAUUUAACGUUUCUCUAUUAUUUUGGCUCUAUGUUUAUCCUAUGAUUGGAGAUAGCGUCAAACUUCCUCCUGUAUGGCACCUUAGUCUAGAUCAUGGAAUCCUGCUACUUUUCUUUAUCCCUGAAGCCUUGAAUCCAAAAAUUUCCUUCAAUUUUCGAGAUUUCUUUAAAGCGAUAUAUGUGAUGCUGGCUUAUCUACUUGUAGUCAUGGUCCCUUGCGCUCUUAAAGGAAUCGUUAUAUAUCCCGGGCUGUCAUUCAAUAACUCUUUUACAUUGAUCAUUGUAGGAGUCAAUAUUGGAACUGUGGUUAGUGGAUAUUAUAUAGGAAAGUAUCUUAAUGAAGGCUACAGCGGCAAAAAGGCUAUAAAAAUUCAAUAA